GUAGCGGUUGAAAUUCUUGGAAGCGCGAGAGCUUACCAGACGAGAAGAGGAACAGAAGAAGAGUUGUUUAAUUCGGUUCGAGUAAACCUUAAAAUCCUCCUAAAAUUCAACAGAAGAAACCAUCUGGUACUAGAAUCAUUUGUUCAAUGAGAGGAGCUUUGAAGUGAGCAGUGACAUUAGAAAAUAGCCGAUCCUUGUCUGGUUUUAGUUGUCUAUGAAAGAAUAUGCAAGCUCGCUCCUUUUCUUUCCUUUCCUGUCGUGAAUGAUAAUGAGCCAAGAAGGCCAAAGGAUGGGAAACAAGGCAAGCAGUGGUGUUUCUGGUGAAAAGAACAAUACCAGUAAUGUCGUGUCUGAGUCAUGUGUUAACCCAAGAGAAGAUGGAAUGAACAAGACCAGCAGUGACGGGUCUGAAUCAUGUGUAAACACAAGAGAAGAUGGAAUAAACAAGACCAGUAGUGAAGGGUCUGAAUCAUGUGUAAACCCAAGGGAAGAUGGAAUAAACAAGACCAGUAGUGAAGGGUAUGAAUCAUGUGUAAACCCAAGGGGAGAUGGAAUGAACAAGACCAGUUGUGACGGGUCUGGAUCAUGUGUAAACACAAGAGAAGUUGGAAUGAACAAGACCAGUAGUGACGGGUCUGGGUCAUGUGUAAACACAAGAGAAGUUGGAAUGAACAAGACCAGUAGUGACGGGUCUGGAUCAUGUGUAAACCCAAGAGAAGAUAGAAUAAACAAGACCAGUAGUGAAGGGUCUGAAUCAUGUGUAAACCCAAGGGAAGAUGGAAUGAACAAGACCAGUAGUGACGGGUCUGGAUCAUGUGUAAACCCAAGAGAAGAUGGAAUGAACAAGACCAGUAGUGACGGGUCUGGAUCAUGUGUAAACACAAGAGAAGAUAGAAUGAACAAGACCAGUAGUGACGGGUCUGGGUCAUGUGUAAACACAAGAGAAGUUGGAAUGAACAAGACCAGUAGUGACGGGUCUGGAUCAUGUGUAAACCCAAGAGAAGAUGGAAUAAACAAGACCAGUAGUGAAGGGUCUGAAUCAUGUGUAAACCCAAGGGAAGAUGGAAUAAACAAGACCAGUAGUGACGGGUCUGGAUCAUGUGUAAACACAAGAGAAGAUAGAAUGAACAAGACCAGUAGUGACGGGUCUGGAUCAUGUGUAAACACAAGAGAAGUCGGAAUGAACAAGACCAGUAGUGACCGGUCUGGAUCAUGUGUAAACCCAAGGGAAGAUGAAAUGAGCAAGGCCAGUAGUCACUGUUCUGUAUUGAUUAACCCUGAAACUAGAGACGUAACGUGCGGAGCCAGCCAGAGAAGCUUCUCAAACAGUAGCACUGGAUCUUCCUCGAGUAUUCUUUCGAAUAAGAUUCCAAAAAAAGGAAGAAAAGCUACCGAAAAGCCAAAACUUCGCGCAAAAGGUUUCGAGCAAGGAGGUAGGGGAAAAAACUUCUCUACAAACAGUUGCGAAUCUGUUUCAAGAAUAACAUCGAGUCAAAAUCCGAAGAAACAAAGAUCAGCCAGGGUAAAGCGUGCAUUUGACGAAAAGUUCGUUAGGAAAGGUGCCAAGGAAGGUCACGUUUUAACAAACAGUGGCAAGACUACCUUCCGAAAUACUUUGAGUCAAAAUCCGAGGAAGAAAGAACCCCGGGGACGAAAUAAUUCUAACAGAGUCAACACAUCUGUUUCUGGUCGGAAGCACGAACAGCGACCUCAGUCAGCAGAACAUGGUGGAAAUGAAACUGCAAAUUGUACUGGUGCAACACCACCGGCGCCAUUUCUUGGGAAAAGGAGACCUGAUUCAAUUUCCAACAGCAAAUUGCCAAACCAGGACACGUCCUUGCCGGAUUUGAAUUUCAAAAGUGAAAAUGUGCUUUCUGCAUUUAUACCUUCGCACUCCUCAAGCGACUCGGCGUCUUUAACAGAUUGCCAGGCAUACUUGAAAAAGACAUUGGCUAACUGUUGUUACACAGUCACAAAGGAUGAGCUGUGUCCCGGUGAGGUUCUUCUGGUAUUUCCGGGAAAGCAUGAUAUGGAAAAGGCGUUGGCGAUUCUUCGGGGAAGGAUUGGUGAGGACGGAUUAAGGAUUCACCUAUUGGAUCCCGUGGUCCAGUUGAAAAGACAACUAGUUCUGAAACAAAAACAGGUUAUUGCUCAACACACGCGAAAAUGCAACUCUGUUAAUCAGUCCAUCGAAAAGAUUUCCGGAAAAGGCAAAGGAAAAGGCAAAAGUAAGUUUAUUGAUGUGAGUUUGUUUAAUAUGAAGGAGACCUUGGUUCAGAAACAACAUGAGCUCGAAAGACAGAAGGAAGAAUUCACUUCCUUUUGCGAAAUUGCCCUUGCUUCUCUUGACAGCUUAAGAGACGACCUUCAUGAGCUUAUGACAAUUUCCAAUCGCUUUAACAGAGAAAAGCGAAGGCUUGAGUCGGCACUACCGAUUUACGCCAGGAAGUCUCAAAUCAUACAGACCAUCAAAGACAAUCAAGUAACUGUAUUGAUUGGCGAAACAGGUUCAGGUAAAAGUACCCAGAUAGGGCAAUACCUUUAUGAUGCUGGCCUUGCAGAUAAGAGACAAAUUGUCUGCACUCAACCACGAAAAGUUGCAGCGACUUCCCUUGCUCAACAAGUUUCAAGGGAGAUGGGUCAGAAGGUAGGGAAACUCGUGGGCUACAUGGUAGGCUCGCAAAAACAUGUUGGACCAGCGACCCGAUUACAAUAUACCACGGACCAUGCACUCCUGAUGGAAUGUAUAAAAGACAACACCCUGUCCAAAUACUCGUGCAUAAUCAUCGACGAGGCCCACGAGAGAAGUGUCAACACAGAUUUGCUUAUCGGUAUGAUCAAGCAUACUUUACCCAAACGACCAGAUCUGAAAGUUAUCAUUACAUCUGCCACCAUCAAUCCUAAACUCUUUCAAGAUUACUUUGGUGGAUGCCCAGUCGUCGAAGUGUCAGGAAGAACAUUUCCAGUUGAGGUUGUCUGGAAGCAGGGGGAUUCUUCUCUCAACAGUGGCAGUGAUUAUGUUUCCGAGGCGAUCGAUAAAGUUCUAGAGAUUCACAGAACUGAGGAACCGGGUGAUGUAUUGGUUUUUCUUACUUGCCCUGCGGAAAUCGAUCGCGCUGUAACUAAAGUUUGCAGCAAGGUGAAUCCGCUCGAAGUCAUUUGUCUCCCACUUCAUGGAAAAUUAUUGCAGGAAGACCAACAGAAAGUGUUUCAACAGUUUCCAGGAAAAAGAAAGGUUGUGUUUUCUACAAACUGUGCGGAGACGUCUAUUACCAUUCCAGGAGUGAAGUUUGUGGUGGACACCGGAAUGGCGAAGGAGAUGAAGUACGAAGAGAAACGCGGGCUCAACAUCUUAGAGGUGUCCGUUAUCAGUCGAAGCUCCGCUGACCAACGUAAGGGUCGCGCCGGACGCACUGAUAGCGGUAAAUGUUACCGUUUAUACACGGAGAAAGAUUACACAGCAAUGGAAAAGUGUGCGCAGCCAGAGAUUCUACGAGUACACCUUGGGCAGACCUUAGUGAAGUUGAUGGACUUGGGAAUCAGUGACCCCUUUAAGUUCGACUACGUUGAAGCGCCGUCUAAGGAAUCGAUUAACCGAGCUGUAGCCUCACUUGUCCAGCUAGGAGCUAUAAAGAACGGUUCUUUGACUGAACUUGGAAGAAAGCUGAGUAAAGUCCCUCUCGAGCCUCGCCUUGGGAGAUUACUUUUUGAAGGUAUUGAUAGUCAAGUUGGUCUCGAGUGCUUGGUUCUCUGCUCUGUCGCUACCGUCAACGGAAGCGUCUUUUUUCGAAUGGGCACUGAAGAUGAAAAAAAAGAAGCCGAUAUGCACAAGUUCGAGUUUUGCCAAUCCGAAGGUGACUUUCUCACUCUUCUUGCCGUGUACAAGGAGUGGUGGAAUGAGGAUCCCAGGGACAGAGGGCGGUGGUGCUUCGAGAAAAGCUUGAACGCGAAGGCAUUGCGUCUUGCAGAGGACACCAUGAGAGAUUUAAAAUUUUCUCUUGAGCAUGAUCUGUCUAUUAAGAAUGCGAGAACCUGGAAAUGGUCUCCUUUGGAUGAUGCAGUAGUCAACGAGACUCUUCAGAAAAUCGUAAUGUCAUGUUUCUCAGAAAACCUUUGUGUCUUUUCAGGACAUAGCAGAGUAGGAUACAAGAACCUUUAUGAUGGAGAGUACGUUCAGCUUCAUCCAUCAUCUGCUAUCAAUUUCAUUGGAACGGAGCCUAAGUUUCUCGUGUACGAGAAAACACUAAGGACCACACAAGAUUUCAUAAUUAAUGUCACCCCAAUCGAGGAGGCAUGGCUUCUAGACGCGGUUGACAGAAAUAGUAUCCAACUCGAUCUUGAGAAUCUUGAAGAAGAGAUUCUUCGACCGUUCACCAUCAAAUGCAGUGAGAAGUUGAGACGAAUGAUGCUCUUGCCAUCAAAAGAAAAACUUCAAUCGCUGCAACAAAGAGUAUCCACUAUAUGCGACGGAAGCAAGGUGUACAUAGAAUGCAAAGCAGAUCAUGGGGUAAUUAAAACCUUUAUUCCAACGAAGCAUCACAAGACAGCUGCUGAAGUUAUCAAUAAGGUUCUUGAUGAAGGAAGACAGCAACUUCAGAGAGAGGAAAAAGAGAUCCCUCUCAAUCAGACUUCGCGUGUACGGUUCGUUGUUGGCAAAGGUCUUGCAGUACAACAGAUCCUGAUGGAAGAUAUGUAUCGCUCUGUUGUCGUUAGGAAGAUUGGGGAAUUAACUCCGGAGCAAAUUCUUUCUAAUCUCAAUAGCUACGGCGGACUUGUUGAAUAUUCUGUUAAAAACGAGACGUUAUUCGCCAUGUACGAGGACGCAGAGCAAGCAAUGAAAGCAGUGGCGGAAUCAUCUGUUGCCUAUGGUUUUCGUGUAUGGCCUUACAACGAAUUCCAGGGGCCUUCACCAUGCAGAAGGGAAAAAACGUUUAAAAUAAAGGUCAGCUGGAAUAGACGAAUUGAAAGCGGUCGUGCCAAGGUGGAUUUUACUUUUGACCGUGACAAUUUGUAUAAAGUCAUGAGCAUCCUUCCGGCCAAUGGCCAAAGGCCGCGUCCACUUCUGAUCGGAAAUACCACUGCCAAGGUUCAAAAAGACAAAUGGGAUGCGAAUUCAAUUUUUAUCCAAAAUCUAAAUCAAGGUGAGAAAAUAACCAAGAAUGACAUCAAACUUGCGUUGGAAUGCCUGUCUCCAUCAAUAGGUAUCACAAACCCUGAGCAACAAAUACAAAUCCACUACCAGAGAAGACCAAAAACCACAGAUGAAGAGCUAGACUCACAGAAAGAAGAAUUAAAAAAACUGGUCAUGAAGAUCCUUGAUGACGAUGCGUCCUUUGAGGUCUCGCUAAGGAAUCCAAACCAAGCCUUCACAGCCUUCGCAAUAAUAUAUUUCCGUGAUCCUAUUGAAGGGGCAAAUGUGGCAAAAGAGCUAGAUGGUAUCACAACAUCUCGUCUGGAAGACUGGGAUGUGGAGUUAAAGAUUACCUGUUUCUUGAAGACAUGCCUUACCUGUCCACAAUACAUAUAUGACGUUAUUGAGCCAGGGGUAAAGGAUGUCAUUAAUGACUUGAGGCAAGAGUGUGCGUCGGAGUGUGGCUGCCGUCUCACAGUCGAUCUGCUCCAACCAAAGGAAGGUUCAAAGCGUGUGGCACUGCAAGUACAGAGUGAGUGUAUGACUCACUACCUCGAGGCCAUCAAAUACUUAAAUAGCUCCUUUCAAGGCGAUAAGGUCGACUUACAGGAGACUUGCUCUCAGAGGGCGAUCAAAAGUGCAGCGUUCAGAAGAAAACUUCGAGAGAUCGAACAGGCGACAAAGACGGUGCUACGUGCCGCGCCAAGUGGCGACGCUAUCCACGUGUAUGGAACUAGUGAUCACCGUGAGCAGGCUGCGCAAGAGAUACAAGCAUUUCUGCUGGACAUGAUUCUGACUGGCAGCAAGACUGAAAUUAUUGAGCUCCGUGGGCCAGACAAACCGCGGGGCCUUCUCAAAGAGUUGCUCCGGCGCUUUGGGAGUGGCCUGAAGAGCUUAUACGAUGCGGUUCCAGAGAUCUGUGAUAUUUCAGUUGACCUGAGAACGCACGUGAUUACGCUGAACGGUACGUCGGAAGCUCUUGUAAACCUGAUGGCAAAAUUUGAGAAAGCAAAACAGUCGCUGCCGGCUGCGGACGCGAAUUUCUUGGCGGAGGAUCAAGAGCUGUGCCCUGCAUGUUUUUGUGAGGUGGACAAUCCCUAUCAACUUGCAACGUGUGGUCACGUGUACUGCCGAGGUUGUGUCAUCAAUCUUAUCGAGGCUAAGCAGUUCCCGCUCACAUGCGCAUACGAAGAUUGCAGCACAUUGCUAGCUAUCCACGACGUAGACAACCUCAAAGAAUGGGACAUCGUAAAUGACAUAAUCACGGCAUCCCUUGAGUCGUUUGUUGCGGCCAAUCAGGAUAAGGCACGUCAUUGUCCAUCACCGGAUUGUCCAAUGGUGUACCGCGUUCGUGGUGACGGGAAGAUGUUCAAGUGCAGUGAAUGUGAAACUGAGGUUUGCACGUGCUGCCACAAGUCUUACCACGUGGGUAUCUCGUGCGAGGACUACGCUUUAUCGAAAACAGAGAUUGGUCAGGAACACCUGGUAGAAAAAUGGAUGCGGGAAGACCCUUUAAACAGGAAGCGCUGUCCAAAAUGCAGAACAGGGAUCGAGAAAAAUCAAGGUUGUUCUUACAUGGGAUGUAAAUGUGGGGCACAUAUCCACUGGAACUGUAUGAAGUUGUUUGAUUCAAGUGGGGCUGUGUACGAUCACCAGAGGCAUUGUAAUUAAUGAGACUGAAUGAGAUUUCUGUUCUGUGUACAAUCACCAUCUGCAUUGUAAUCAAUGAGACUGAAUGAGAUUUGUGUUCUGUGAACUGUCACCAGGAUCAUUGUACCCAAUGAGACUGAAUGCGAUUUGUAUUCUGUGAACUGUCACCAGGGUCAUUGUACCCAAUGAGACUGAAUGCGAUUUGUAUUCUGUGAACUGUCACCAGGGGCAUUGUACCCAAUGAGACUGAAUAAGAUUUGUGUUCUGUGAACUGUCACCAUGGUCAUUAUACCCAAUGAGACUGAAUGCGAUUUGUAUUCUGUUCUGUGAACUGUCACCUGGUGCAUUGUACCCAAUGAGACUGAAUGAGAUUUGUAUUCUGUGAACUGUCAACAGGGUCAUUGUACCCAAUGAGACUGAAUGCGAUUUGUAUUCUGUUCUGUGAACUGUCACCUGGGGCAUUAUACCCAAUGAGACUGAAUGAGAUUUGUAAUCUGUGAACUUUCACCAGGGUCAUUGUACCCAAUGAGACUGAAUGAGAUUUGUAUUCUGUGAACUGUCACCAGGGUCAUUGUAAUCAUUGAGACUGAAUGCGAUUUGUAUUCUGUGAACUGUCACCAGGGUCAUUGUACCCAAUGAGACUGAAUGCGAUUUGUAUUCUGUGAACUGUCACCAGGGUCAUUGUACCCAAUGAGACUGAAUGCGAUUUGUAUUCUGUGAACUGUCACCAGGGGCAUUGUACCCAAUGAGACUGAAUGAGAUUUGUAUUCUGUUCUGUGAACUGUCACCAGGGUCAUUGUACCCAAUGAGACUGAAUGAGAUUUGUAUUCUGUUCUGUGAACUGUCACCAGGGCCAUUGUACCCAAUGAGACUGAAUGAGAUUUGUAUUCUGUGAACUGUCACCAGGGGCAUUGUAACCAACGAGACUGUGAAUGAGAUUUGUAGGUUCUUGUAGGUUCUUUAUACGAACACCAGAGAAAUUGUUGAUUAUAAGACUCUACCAUAGUUGCGGCUUUGUUCUGUGCUCAGGAACAGUCCCCUGAUUGUAAAAGAUCAGGCGCGUACUCAGGAUUGGCGGGGGUGGACAAGAGAACGCGACUGCUUGAUGUUCUUGAGCUUGUGUUUGACCAAUUCUCACUUGUGUUGCGCUUCCGUUUGCGCUUACGCCUUUCUGCACUUCAGCUUGAUCGUAAGUGCUUAUUACCAGUGACAGUUGAGCCCCGUGCAAACUGCGCCAACACCUGUCAGCAUUGCUGGCGAAUUUUCGCUUGACUGACUAUAGGACAAUGAAAAUGGGAAAUUGACUUUCUGACAUUUCCUCUGUCCAAUGCUGGCGGGUGCUGUCACCGGAAACAUGGACUUUUCCGUAAGAAGGCCCCAGUCGAGCGAGAGCUUUGAAAAUAACGAAUGCUGCUGGACGCAACAAGAAAAAUAUAAUCAAUACUGACCAGUUCUUAAAUACAGGCCCGUAGCCAGGGGUGGUUCGGAAGAACUGGAAGGUCCACUCUAAUUAAGGAAAACUAUAAGUACCACUACAAGGUAGGACUGAUUUGAAGCAAGAGAGUAUUGAAGUCUAUUUAGCGACCGAGCAAGAUAAUGAGUAUUUCCCAUUUUUAAAUGACGCAAAGUGCUCUCGUCAAAUAGAUGGCCCAGCCGACCAUCAGUCCCUUCAACGGAACCUGGACAGUCUCCUUUACUGGUCCAGCAUAUGGGAACUAUCUUUCAAUGUUACCAAGUGUGAGACCUUGAGAAUAACUAAGAAGCGUACCAGCGAAGCUCCAUCUCUCGCGAUCAGUCCCUACUUACUGGGUGACCUUGCCCUGGCGAAUGUCACCUCGCAGAAAGAUCUUGGUGUUACGGUCAACAACUCCCUCUCAUGGAGCCUUCACACGAAAAGGGGUUGCCAAAGCUAACCGGAUGCUCGGCAUUUUCGCCGGCAUUGCGCAAUAAAAGAGACUGAUCGCAAGAAGUUACUGUAUAUCACCUUCGUGCGCUCACACCUCGGUUACAGUAAAAAAAUUCCAACUUACGUCUGUGUGAGGGCGUGCAGAGGCGCGCAACGCGUUUUAUCCUUUCCUGCCACUCGAAUCCUGACCUGAGACCCAACUAUAUAUCACGCCUUCUAACUUUGAAUUUACUCCCCCUGUCACACUGGCUAGAAUACAAAGAUCUGUGUUUCCUCUUCAAAGCCAUUACGGAGGACCAUGACCUUCCAUUAGACAAAUUUGUCACAGUUAAUAGAGCACUAGGGCUGCAUCCGCUACACUAACUUUCCGCCCUAAUCGUUUCCGUACAUCACUUUUCAGGGGUUCACUCUUUCAAUCGCAUUAUAAAACUAUGGAACAGUCUUCCAGAACCUAUUAGAUCUUCUCCUUCUGUUGAAUCUUUUAAGAAAAAUGUAAAAACACUAUAUUUCAACAAAUUGAACUCUGAUUUUGACCCCGAUCGGGUGCAUAACUGGAAAACAGUGUGGCCCUCGAGUCCGUUCGCCUCCCCUCUCGGCACUUAUUGUUGUCUGUUUUUGUGUUAAUUGUUGUAUUUUUUUGUUUCAUAUUAGUGUGGAGGAAGCCUCUAAAUAAAAGAGAAUAAUCCAC